UUUCGUGUUUUUGUAUUAUUAUCGCGUUGUGAGGUGUCUUUCACUUUAGUGUUCGAGGUUUGAGUUUUGAGUGACCAAUUUAUCUCUGUUCAGUAAAUGAUGGAAUUUACAUCACAAUUUUUGCAAAUCAGUGUUGUGACGGGUGUUUGAAGAACUAUUUAAAUGACAUGAAGGUUUUUUUUGUAGUAUUUUAUUUGGUAGGAGGCUUCGGCCUCAGUUCACUUGAGAAUGCGGGUGAAAUGAAAAAUACCGAGUUAUCUCGGGCAUUGGACGAAAGACCAUUGUUGUUUGCCACGUUAGGGGGUGGCAUGGUAGCUGUAGAGCCUUUAGCAGGAAAUAUUAUAUGGAAACUCAAGGAUGAACCCGUUGUAAAAGUUCCAAAUCAGCACGCAACUUUGACACCCCAGUUUCUACCGGAUCCACGGCAUGGUUUCCUCUAUAUGUAUGGCCCUCGAGGGGACCAACAGAUGCUAAAAAAACUGCCGUUCACGAUACCAGAGUUGGUAGCGAACGCGCCAUGCAGAUCAUCCGAGGGUAUAUUGUAUACGGGAAAGAAGAGCGACACGUGGUUCAUGUUGGAUCCAUUGACAGGGUCAAGAGAACAUGUCUCAGGUUUUGACAAGUCAAAAAUAUUUAACGGCCAGGAGGGCAACACAUGCGAGCCUGACAAAAAAAGAGGCGUGUAUGUUGCCAGAACAGAAUACAACAUACUGAUGCAUGAUUCGAAGAAUAGCAAUCAAAAGUGGAAUGUAACCUUCUUCGAUUAUACGUCGCAUGCCAUGGGGAAAGAGAUGUUGAACGAUUAUGGUAUAAUUCAUUUUGCUUCUACGUCAAGUGGUAGGCUGAUGUCCUUCGAUCGUAAGACUGGCGAUCUCGUGUGGUCUCAUAAUUUUGAAACGCCCGUCGUGGCCACGUAUUUGCUAGACAGAGAGGGCCUUAUCUCCGUCCCAUUCAAUUCGAUUGGAGAUGACACACUCGAUCAUAUAAUGGAAGAUGCGACUACCUUGCGAAACGGUCAAGGAAUCAAAAACUCUAAUAUAGAAUUAUAUCCUACUUUGUAUGUUGGCGAGCACAAUCAUGGAUUGUACGCAUUGUCCUCACUCGUAGACAAGAACACCAUAACAAUAUCAACGGGCCACACGCAGCCAUUGCUUCUCGAAGGACCAUCGGCAAUAGUGAACUCGGAAAACUCGAAAUACGAGGCAUUCACUAACGUUCAUUACAAACUCAAAGAUUUAAAUCUACACGUAUCCACACCAUACUUAUUACUAGGGCAUUACAAAGUGCCCGAAUUAUUAACUUCAUGGAUGCCACAUUUGCCCAAUUUAAACUUCUGGAAUGAAAACGAACAUAAUGGAUUGAAAUUAAUCAAUGGCCAAGUUCAUAAAGAAACAGGGAAGGACGUCGAGAACGAGACAAAUUUGAAAUCUAGCUCAGUGUCAGUGUCAGUGCAAACUGAAGAUUUUUUCGAGAAUAUGAAUUUUAGACCAGACGUGUGGUAUAAAAAAGUGAACAUGUGGCUUCACCAGCAAGAGAACACAGCUCUAAAGAUGGCGUUGAUAAUCCUCGUCGGGUUAGUUAUCACCAUGUUUUGGUACCUUCGUUAUCAGGCACGUGAAUUCCAACAGUUGUCUCAAGGCGGUUCUCGUUCUUCGACUUCGUCUACGUCAUCCAAUGCAGAGAUCACUGGAUAUCUCGAGGAGAUUGGAGACGGAGAAGUGCGCAUAGGGAAGAUAAGCUUCCACACGGGACAAGUACUGGGCAAAGGGUGCGAAGGAACUUUCGUUUACAGGGGUACAUUUGACAAGAGAGCUGUUGCCGUCAAACGUCUUCUGCCCGAAUGCUUUACGUUCGCCGACCGCGAGGUGGCGCUUCUGCGGGAAUCGGACGCCCACGCGCACGUCGUGCGAUACUACUGCACAGAAAGAGAUAAACAAUUUAGGUAUAUCGCACUUGAACUCUGUUCGGCCACAUUACAAGAUUAUGUAGAGAAAAAGUUAAAUUUUGAGUGUAAGAUUGACGCUGUAGAAGUCCUUAGACAAGCAGCAAUGGGAUUGUCGCAUUUACACUCAAUGGAUAUUGUUCAUCGCGACAUAAAACCCCACAACGUGUUGCUGUCGAUGCCUUCGGGCUCGGGGGAGGUGCGAGCUAUGAUCUCUGAUUUCGGUCUGUCCAAGAAGCUCAAUAUAGGCAGGGUGAGCUUCUCUCGCCGUUCUGGUGUAACUGGCACCGACGGAUGGAUAGCACCAGAGAUGAUUAACGGAGAACGAACGACUACCUCCGUGGACAUAUUCUCGUUGGGCUGCGUUUUCUAUUAUGUGCUAUCUAAGGGACAUCAUCCUUUUGGUGACGUGUUAAGACGGCAAGCCAACAUUCUCACUGGGGACUAUAAUUUAAACCAAUUGGAUAAAGUGUUGCCAGAGGAAGAGGUGUUGGUAACUAAGAUCUUGAUCAGAUCGAUGAUAUCUUCGCGGCCUCACGCACGCCCUCCUUGCGAGACCGUGCUCAAGUAUCCCAUGUUUUGGGGAAGUCAGACAAUACUUAAUUUUUUGCAGGACGUGAGCGAUCAGGUGGAAAGUAGUAUACGGGUGGAUAACACGCACCCGUUAGAGAGGGGCGCCAGGGUGGUACUGAGGGGCGACUGGAGGGCGCACGUGUGCGGCGCGGUGGCGGGGGACCUCCGCCAGAGGCGCACGUACCGGGGCGACCGCGCCGCCCACCUAUUGCGCGCCAUUAGGAAUAAGAAACAUCACUACAGGGAGUUGGAAGCGGAGGUGCGCAACAAACUCGGUAAACUGCCAGACGGUUUUGUCACGUAUUGGCUGCGUCGAUUCCCUUUGUUACUGCCUCACGUAUGGCUACAAAUGCAGCAAUACCGACAAGAGGACAUAUUACAAGAAUACUAUCCGCACUCGUUCGUGUUUAGUCGGGACGACGUUGCCGAGUUCAAUGAGGAUAUUGAAUAUGAUGACGUCAUACCGUCAGAACUAUGCGAUCCGGAUAGAAACGAAUUGUUCGUUAAAAGCAAAGUAUACGUCGAUGAAAAUGAAGAUAAAAAUAGAUAUAAAAAAAUGAACGGGUCACCGCAGAAGACAAACGAUUGGAGGAAUGAUGCGAGAGAGCGAGCGAGACAAGACGACGUCAGACUGAGAGAUAAACAUCAUUAUAAAAAGAAAGAGAAGAAGAAAGAGGAAAUGCCAAUUUGGAGUUUGCCUCCGCAGUGA